GCCCCUAACCGCGCCCCACCCAGAUCCUCCUCCUCCUCACGCCGACCAUGCGCGCCUCCGCCACCGACACCGACGAGCGGCCCCUCGUCGAGCUCGCCGUCGUCACCCCCACGCCUUCCACAUCCUCCCCCGCCGCCCUCGCCACCGGGCCGCCCGCGCCGGCCCCGGGGUUCUCCCGCGCCGUCCGAUGCAACGCCCCCUCCUCCGCCUCCGCCUCGGGAGAUGGCGCCUACCCGGGGAACGCGAUAUCCACCACCAAAUACACGGCCGCCAGCUUCCUGCCCAAGUCGCUCUUCGAGCAGUUCCGCCGCGUCGCCAACUGCUUCUUCCUCGUCGUCGCCUGCGUCUCCUUCAGCCCGCUCGCGCCCUACCGCGCCGUCUCCGUCCUGCUCCCGCUCUUCGUCGUCGUCUCCGCCGCCAUGGCCAAGGAGGCCGUCGAGGACUGGCGCCGGAAGCAGCAGGACAUAGAAGUGAACAAUAGGAAGGUUGAGGUUUAUGAUGGGACCCAAUCUUUUCAUGAAACAGAAUGGAAGAAGCUUCGAGUUGGUGAUAUAGUUAAAGUGAAAAAAGAUGAGUUCUUCCCUGCGGACCUUCUUUUGCUCUCUUCGUGCCAUGAGGAUGGAACAUGUUAUGUUGAAACGAUGAAUCUUGAUGGAGAGACAAACUUGAAGCGAAAACAAUCGUUGGACGUGACCGUUGGCUUGAGUGAGGAGCAUUCUUUCCAUAGUUUCAAGGCUUUUAUACAAUGUGAGGAUCCAAACGAGAAAUUAUACUCCUUCCUAGGGACGUUGUACUAUAGGGAGCAACAAUAUCCUCUGUCUCCACAACAGAUCUUGCUAAGGGACUCAAAGCUUCGGAAUACAAACUUCAUAUAUGGCACUGUAAUAUUCACAGGGCACGAAACAAAGGUGAUGCAGAAUGCAACGGAGCCACCAUCAAAGAGGAGUUCUGUUGAACGGAGAAUGGACAAAAUAGUUUAUCUUCUCUUUGCAGUUCUCUUCACUAUUGCAUCUUUUGGGUCAAUUUUCUUUGGGAUCAAGACGAAGGCCGAAUUAAAUGUAGGAAGCUAUGCAUGGUACCUAAGGCCAGAUCAGUCCAGUAUAUUCUUUGAUCCAAACAGAGCAUCAUUUGCAGCCUUUUGCCAUUUUCUGACAAGUCUUAUGUUGUAUGUAUGCUUGGUGCCCAUUUCAUUGUAUAUAUCAAUUGAAAUGGUUAAAGUCUUACAGAGCACUUUCAUAAACCAAGACCAGAAUAUGUAUUGCGAGGAGUCUGAUAAACCAGCAAGGGCUCGCACAUCAAAUUUGAAUGAGGAACUUGGUCAGGUUCAUACCAUACUCUCUGACAAAACAGGAACCUUAACAUGCAAUUCAAUGGAGUUCUCCAAAUGUUCCAUUGCUGGUGUUGCUUAUGGCAGUAGGCUUACAGAAGUGGAGAUGUCUUACGGUGAAAUAGAGGACGUGUCUGGCCAAAUGCAUGCAGCUAAAUCUAAAAGAUCAGUCAAGGGAUUUAACUUCACUGACGGUCGUUUGAUGAACGGAGAAUGGGCUAAAGAAUGUCAUAGAGAUGCUAUAGAGAUGUUUUUCCGUGCAUUAGCUGUUUGUCACACUGCAAUACCGGUGUCAGAUAAAGAUUCUAUUGGGAUGACUUAUGAAGCGGAGUCACCUGAUGAAGGAGCUCUUGUUGCAGCUGCCAGAGAAUUUGGUUUUGAAUUUUAUCAUAGGACACAGACAACCAUAUCGGUGCACGAGUAUGAGCCUGUCUUUGGUAAAGAAGUGGAUAGAACAUAUAAGCUACUCAACAUAUUAGAGUUUAGCAGUGCCCGGAAGCGCAUGUCUGUUAUUCUGAGGACAGAAGAGGGUCGGCUAUUUCUGUUCUGCAAAGGAGCUGACAGUGUAAUACUCGAAAGGCUCUCUAAGGAUAAUGAAAAAUCUUGUGUGGCCAAUACGAAGCAGCACAUCGAAGUGUAUUCUGAGGCAGGUCUGCGGACCCUUGCACUGGCAUAUCGUGAACUUACUGAGGAUGACUAUGCUGCCUGGAAUGAGGAGUACUCAUCCGCCAAGAAUUCUGUACACACUGAUCAUGAUGCAGCUGUGGAGAAGGCCUCAGAAAAUAUUGAGAAAGAUUUGGUUCUCUUAGGUGCUACUGCUGUGGAAGACAGACUGCAAAAGGGGGUUCCAGAGUGUAUUCACAAACUAGCGCAAGCUGGAAUUAAGAUCUGGAUUUUAACAGGAGACAAGUUGGAGACAGCUGUCAACAUAGGUUAUUCUUGCAACUUAUUGAGGAAGGAAAUGGAGGAAUUUUUUGUGACACUGGACAACUCAGGAACAAAUGCUCCAGAGGGAUGCAACCAGGAAGGCAGCAGAAUGGCUCCAUAUGAACAUAUCGGUAGAAAAUUACAAGAUGCUCGAAGGCAAAUUUCAUUGAAAGGAACUUCAACUCCAUUUGCUCUUAUCAUUGAUGGCAAUGCUCUAACAUAUGCUCUUACGGGCAGUCUUAAGGACUCAUUUCUGGAUCUAGCAGUUGAUUGUGCAUCAGUUUUAUGUUGUCGCAUGUCGCCUAAACAGAAAGCACUGAUCACCAGGUUGGUUAAAACAAAAACAAAGAAAACCACACUAGCUAUUGGUGAUGGAGCAAAUGACGUUGGUAUGCUACAAGAGGCUGAUAUUGGUGUUGGAAUAAGUGGUGCUGAAGGAAUGCAGGCUGUGAUGGCAAGUGACUUUGCAAUAGCUCAGUUUCGCUUUCUAGAGCGGUUACUCCUUGUGCAUGGUCACUGGUGUUACCGCCGUAUUGCAGCCAUGAUUUGCUAUUUUUUCUUCAAGAACAUUACAUUUGGCUUCACACUUUUCUGGUUUGAGGCUCAUGCCAUGUUCUCAGCUCAACCUGGUUACAAUGAUUGGUUUAUAUCUUUCUACAAUGUUGCCUUCACAUCUCUCCCCGUCAUCGCUCUAGGUGUUUUCAAUAAAGAUGUCUCUGCCAGUGUUUGCCUCGAGGUCCCUUUGUUACAUCAAGAUGGCGUGAAUAAUGUAUUCUUCAGCUGGUCUCGUAUACUCAGUUGGAUGCUAAACGGACUGUGCUCUUCAAUCAUUAUAUUCUUUGGUGCCAUCAAUGCUGUUCUCAUUCAGGCUGUUCGACAGGAUGGCCGUGUUGCUGGAUUUGACAUCCUUGGAGUGACCAUGUACACUUGUGUGGUGUGGACUGUCAAUUGCCAGUUAGCACUCUACAUCAGCUACUUUACCUGGAUACAACAUUUCGUCAUCUGGGGCAGUAUACUGAUUUGGUACACUUUUCUAAUCAUCUAUGGCUCAUUCCCUGCUAUGAUAUCGACCACAGCGUAUCAUGUUUUCUGGGAAGCUUGUGCUUCAAGCCCUCUGUACUGGCUGUCUACUCUAGUCAUUGUUGUGACAGCCUUGCUCCCGUUCUUCCUCUACAGAGUAACUUGUUCACUAUUUAACCCACAGCACCCUGAGCGAGUUCAGAGAACUAACUCGAAGAACUGGUGAAGCAAGUUAAUAUAGGUGGGUAGUGAAGUAACUUUACAUAGAGAUACCGGCUAUCGAUCUAACAUACCUUAUGGUUCACUUGCUACAGCAUGAUGUUUCUGUAGAUUUUUAUAUGGUGAAUAUUGUAUCAAAACAAAUGUUGCUACUCUAUGUAUUAGAAUUAGAUUAUGUACAUACUUGGGUUCAUACCUGACAAGUUCAGCUGAGUUAUGGUAGAUCAGUCAACAUCAACACGGAAGGAAUUCCGAGCAACAAGUUGGUAGUCCUUUGCAUGAUGCAACAGCGUAGCACUCAUCAGGACUGGUUGUUCUUGCCUAGUAGUACCCUUCAGGAUUGGUGGUUCUUGCAUAUCACUCUUCAGCUUUGGGCCUUGUUGGCAGUUUCUGGUCUUUGUUUAUACGUGUUGUACCAGCAUUCAAUGGAUUUAUACUCGGGAUUCAUUUUGUUUACUACUGAUCUCAGGUCUAA